CGAAUAUCCACCAUGAUCGUUAUUCUGAACGAGCCUUAGCGGAGUCCUCUGACCUUCAUACGUCUUUCCGAGCCCCCAGGCACUUUCGGCUCCAUUCCACAUCCUUCAAGGAUUAUACUCAGCAUUCAUCUUGUUUCUGGAAGCCGCUGUAGGUUGCACAUGUCCUCGGCGUACGGCCAUCGGAUUUUCGGAUUUUCAUGGAAAAGCGAUCUCCCUCAUGCUCAAGGAAGACACUGUGCUCGUUGCCGAGAGCCCAGCGGAUCCCCUCUACUCCGCUAUAUAGCUCUGAGAUGAUUUAUUGCUCAUCAUCAUAUAUUGGCUGCUAAUAAUAGACCGUUGAAUGUCAAAGUAGUUCUGCUGCUCAGGUCAGGUGUGCGCCAUAUGUCACCGAAACCGCUCUUGUUGCCGAAACCGCUCUUGUUGCUCUUUCCGGAUCUCAAUCAGGGUCGGUCUAAGUCGCCGUUUCCUAUAGCGCGCGCGACCUCAGCAAAACCCCGUUUGUAUCCCGAGCCAACCCCGUCCCUCGACGGACCGGUGAACAUAUCCCGGCACCGGUUUCUCCUUUCGGAUUAGUAUAAAUCGGUCGAGUUGCUCGCUGCCAUGUCUAUCCACACUUCGCCCUACCCUACUCUGCCAAUACCUUCUCAAUCUGUCUACACCUUUCUGUUUUCUUCCAAUAGACAUCCUCGGUCUCUCGCCGCUUUCAUAGAUGCGCCUACAGGAAGAACUAUCUCACGCGCAGAGCUUCAUUCUCUGACAUUGUCCCUCGCACACGGUUUGCGCAAUAAUUCAGACAGACGAGUACGCCGUGGAGAUACAAUCAUGAUCUUCAGUCCAAACAGUCUUGUCUGGCCUGUCGCAAUCCUUGGUGUCUUUGCAGCUGGUGCUCGUGCUACCCUUGCAAACAGUGGCUAUACACCUGAUGAGUUGAAAUUUCAGUAUGAAGAUAGCCGGGCUCACCUGGUAAUCGCUCAUCCUGACCUAGUCGGGGUCGUUUUGGAAAUGUUCAAGUUGAAAGGCGUAUCAGAGACUGAAGCAAGAAAGCGAAUAGUGUUAGCAGAGCUAGAUGGCAGUCAAGCGCGCAAGGAUGGACUACUCGGAUUAGAUGUCUUGAUGAGUCAGGGUGCUCUGACAGCAGAGGAGACGUUCGAGGGAGAUCAAGCUGACGAGACGACUUUGUUAUGUUAUUCGUCUGGGACAACUGGUAAUCCUAAGGGUGUUGAGACAACCCAUAGAAACUUGGCCAACGUCAUUGCCAUGAUUGAAUCUGCCUUCGCAAAAUUGACGCCUGGCAAAGAUGUUAUCUUGAAUGUGCUUCCUUAUUAUCACAUCUAUGGUAUGGCCAAGAUCCUACUCUAUCCGUUCUUCGUAGGGAUCCCCGUUGUGAUCAUGCCAAAGUUUGACCCUACCGACUUCUGUCGAAACAUUGAAACCUACCAUAUCACGACAUCGCUCAUUGUCCCUCCGAUUCUCCUGGCGCUAGUUCACCACCCUGCGACAACCCAAUUCAAUAUGACAUCAUUGAAUUUCCUCUCCUGUGGUGCCGCACCUCUAGGUGCAGCGCUUCUCUAUUCAGCCAUCGAGAAGUUGAAAUCAGUGGGCGCAAUCGUUGACAUCGCACAAGGGUACGGCUUGACCGAAACUUCACCGGUCACACACAUUGUUCCGCGCAAGGACACCCUUCGCAAAGUUGGAAGCAUCGGAGUAUUGCUGCCCAAUCUAGAAGCGCGUAUUGUGGUGAGAGAGAAGGAUGAUGGAGAAGCAGAUGUCGAUGCGAAAGAAGGGGAACCUGGAGAAUUGUGGAUACGUGGUCCGACAGUGAUGAAGGGUUAUCUGAACAAUGUGGCGGCAACACGGAACGCGAUCACUUCCAGCGGAUGGUUCAAGACGGGAGACAUAGCCAUAGUCGACGCAGAUGGGUUUUACGCCAUCGUAGAUCGCAAGAAGGAGCUCAUCAAAUACAAGGGCUUUCAAGUGCCACCGGCCGAGCUGGAAAGCGUCCUCCUCCAGCAUCCUCAGAUCAUUGAUGCGGCUGUCAUCGGCAUAGAGGAUGCCUCACAAGCAACGGAACUUCCGCGUGCGUACAUUGUACACAAGGACAGCCUCCCAUCGCCUGCGGAAUCGGCUGCUUUCGCACGUCAGAUUCAAACAUGGAUCGAGGGACGUGUUGCAAGGCACAAGUUCUUAAGAGGAGGCGUGGUAGUCGUAGAUGCCAUCCCUAAGAGUACGUCUGGCAAAAUCCUUCGCAGACAUCUCCGGGACCGUGCGAGAGAGGAAAUGGCAGGCCAGGUUGCGGUCAAAGCUAGACUAUGAAUCUCAACAUGUCAAGCCACGAUUGAUAUUUGGGCUGGCCUUCGACUUUUGUAGAAUACAAGCAAGCUCCGUGAGGUAGAUAGCGAUUAACGAGAAUGACACGCAUGAGUAACGCGCUCUUGUCUAACUCAGAGCUC